AUGGCAUUGAAGUAUUUUAACACCUUGGCCCUUCUUUUCUUGCUUGUCAACCUGAGCUUUCAUGAAAAUGCUGCUGCUCAGAAUGAUAGUUUAGGAGCUUCUUUCAUCUUUGGAGACUCAUUGGUAGAUGCAGGAAACAACAACUAUCUUUCAACUCUUUCGAAGGCAAACAUCCAGCCCAAUGGAAUUGAUUUCAAAGCAUCCGGAGGAAACCCCACUGGCCGUUUCACCAAUGGAAGAACCAUUGGUGAUAUUGUAGGAGAGGAAUUGGGACAACCAAAUUAUGCUGUCCCAUUUUUGGCACCAAACGCAUCUGGGAAAGCCAUACUAAAUGGAGUGAAUUAUGCUUCAGGAGGAGGAGGGAUUCUGAAUGCAACAGGAAGCUUAUUUGUGAAUAGGAUCGGAAUGGAUAUUCAAAUAGACUACUUCAACAUAACAAGAAAACAGAUUGACAAAUUGCUAGGUGAAUCUGAGGCCAGAGAGUACAUAAUGAAGAAAUCCCUAUUCUCCAUCACCGUUGGGGCCAAUGAUUUCCUUAACAAUUAUCUUCUUCCGGUUGUUUCUGCUGGAGCUAGAAUUUCUCAAAGCCCAGACGCUUUCGUCGACGACAUGAUCAAUCACUUCAGGGCCCAACUUACCAGACUUUACCAAAUGGAUGCUCGGAAGUUUGUCAUCGCCAACGUUGGCCCAAUAGGCUGCAUACCUUACCAAAAGGCUAUAAAUCAGCUGAAUGAAGAUGAUUGUGCGGACUUGGCUAACAAGCUUGCAAUCCAAUACAAUGCCCGAUUGAAGGACUUGCUUGCUGAGCUAAAUGACAAUCUCCAUGGAGCCACGUUCGUACUUGCAGAUGUGUAUGAUUUAGUGAUGGAAAUCAUAAGAAAUCAUGAUAAAUAUGGAUUUACAACAGCGAGCACAGCUUGCUGUGGAAAUGGGGGCCAGUUAGCAGGGAUAAUACCAUGUGGGCCUACGUCUAGCUUGUGCUCAGAUAGGUACAAGCACGUGUUCUGGGAUGCAUACCACCCAAGCGAGGCUUCCAACCUAAUACUCGCCAAGCAGCUACUUGACGGAGACAAGAGAUACAUAUCUCCAAUGAAUCUUAGGCAACUUAAGGAUAUUUGA